UGUCAAGCGGCCUUGCAGGAAUGUUCCUCCGACGAUCCAAACAGAACGACCCUCCUCAACAACCUUGGCAAGAGCCUUCGAGAAAGGUUUCUUCAGUAUGAUGACAUGUCCGAUCUGUCUAAAUCCAUCAACAUCUAUCGAGCUGCACUCGCACUCUAUCCCCCUGACGAUCCUGACCAAUCCACAUCUCUCAACGGCCUUGCAAGUAGCCUUCGAAACAGAUACUUGCGGCAGGGAGACAUGUCCGACCUGUCUGAGGCCAUCGAGCUCUCUCAAGCUGCGCUGACACUUUGUCCCCCUGGUCAUCCUGAUCGAUCCACAUCGCUCAACAACCUUGCCAACUGCAUUGUAGAGAGAUUCGAGGAACGGGGUGUUUUGUCUGACCUGGAUGAUUCCAUUAAGUUCCAUCGAGAUGCCCUGGCGCUUCGUCCCUUAGGUCAUCCUGAGCGAUCUAUGUCUCUUAACAACCUUGCCUACAGCCUUCGAAUCUCAUUCCAGCAGCGGGGCAUGGUUUCUGCACUCGACGAGGUUAUUGAGCUCCAUCGUGAUGCACUACUGCUCCGUCCCCCUGGUCAUCCUCACCGAUGGAUGUCUCUCAAUAACCUUGCUAUCAACCUUGAAGACAGAUUCGAGCAGCGUGGUAUGCCGUCGGACUUAGAUGAGGCCAUCGAUGUCCAUCGAGCUGCUGCUCGAGACCUCUGUGUUCCAGGUCAUUUUAAUGAAUCACUGUCUCUUAGCAAUACUGCUACAUCUCUUCACACCAGAUUUCUGCAGCGGGGUGCGCCAUCUGACCUUGAUGAGGCAAUCAAACUCAAUCAAGCUGCACUGGAUCUCCGUCCACUCGGUCAUCCUCAUCGAUCGACGUCUCUCAACAACCUUGCAAACAACCUUCAAGAGAGAUUCCUGAAGUGGGGUGUGCUGUCUGACCUUGAUGAGGCAAUCAAACUCCAUCGAGCUGCACUGGAUCUCCGUCCCCUCGGUCAUCCAAAACCAUCGACGUCUCUCAGCAAUCUUGCCAUGUGUCUUCAUGAAAAAUUUCAGCAAUGCGGCAAUCUGUCUGACCUCGAUGAGGCUAUUAACCUUCAUCGAGCUGCGCUACUGCAUCGUCCUCCUGGCCAUUCUGAUCGGUCGAUGUCUCUCAACAACCUUGCUAUAAGCAUUCACAGCAGAUUCCAGCUGCAGGGCGCGCCAUCUGACCUUGAUGAAGUCAUUAAACUCCAUCGAGCUGCACUAGAGCUUCGUCCCCUCUGCCAUUCUCAUCGAUCCAUGUCUCUCAACAACCUUGCUGUCAGCCUUAGAGACAGAUUCAUGCAGCAUACCAUUGCGUCCGACUUAGAUGAGUCUAUUGAGCUCCAUCGAGCUGCGCUGGAACUCCGUCCUCCUGGCCAUUCUGACCGUGCCACAUCUCUCGUCAACCUUGCGAAUAGCAUUAAAGGCAGAUUCAAGCAACGUGGCAUCAUAGCUGACCUGGAUGAGUCCAUUGAGCUCUAUCGAGCUGCACUGAUGCUGCACCCAUCUGGCCAUCCCCAUCGAUCUUCAACUCUCAACAACCUUGCUAGUGUCCUCCGCAGCAGAUUCAAGCUCAAGGGUGUCCAGUCUGACCUAGAUGAGUCCAUGAAUCUUCAUCGGACUACACUGGAGCUAUGUCCUCCUGGUCAUCAUGAUCGACACUUGUUUCUCACCAAUCUUGCCGUGAGCAUUGGCGACAGAGUUAAGUCUGACCUGGAUGAGGCCGUCAGGCUCCAUCGCGCUGCACUAAUGCUCUGUCCCCCUGGUCAUUCUGAUCGAUCCUUAUCCCUCAACAAUCUUGCAGCCAGUCUUCGAAACAGAUUUGGGCUGCAGCGUGACCUGUCUGACCUAGAUGAGUCCAUUGACCUCCAUCGAGCUGCAUUGGGCCUCCGUCCUCUUGGCCAUUUGGAGCGUUUUACAUCUAUCAAUAAUUUGGUCAUCUGUCUUCAAGACAGAUUUCAUCAACAGGGUCUGAUAUCAGACUUGAACGAAUCAUUCAUGCUGUAUUCGCAACUUUCGCAACUUGAAGUAUCUCAUGUAAUCUCUUUAAAUGAUCUUUCUAUUGCCUUGACGUGGGUCGCCUCCGCCAAGGUGUUCAAGCAUAGCUCUGCAUUGCUUGCCUAUCAGACCGCUUUGAACUUCCUGGACCGGCACCUCGCUGUCAUGAUGUUUUCUUCACAUCAUUUUGAUGCGAUCAAAAAGGAAGCUUCAUCUCUCGCAAUGGAUGCUUUUUCGUAUAGCGUUAGUCAAGGUGCCUUAACAACUGCUGUGGAGUUGGUCGAGCAAGGCCGUGCAGUGUUUUGGACUCAGUCAGCACGCUUUCGUACACCGCUGGAUGAACUUUCUGCAUCAGGCGAUGCCGGAAAUGCUUUGGCGGACGAGGCAAAGGAUCUUAGCUUUCGCCUUCGUACCGCAUUAGAAACAUCUACCGAAGGCCCACAAACCCGGCAAUUAAUUGUGCAAUGGGAUGAUGUAGUCUCCCGCAUUCGCAUGCUGCCACGCUUUUCCCGUUUUCUCCAACCUCCACUAUUCUCUGACCUUCAAAAAGCCGCAGAAUAUGGUCCAGUUAUCAUUGUCAACGCGAGCCAGUACAGCUGCGACGCCUUGGUCGUAUUGAUCGAUCAAGAUCCUAUCCACAUUCCACUUGACAUUACACAAGCUGAAGUCUCCGAGUUAUCCUCUGAGUUCCAGUCGCUCAUAAAACAUGCCGGCUCAUCCGAUUCUGAAGCUGAAUCGUACAAGAUCAUUGAUAUCCUGCGCAAACUUUGGGAUCCCGUCGUUCGUCCUAUUGUUGUUGCGCUCAGAAAGUUCAUCCCACGCGGUUCACGCAUCUGGUGGUGUCCUACCGCCAAGUUUACGCUGCUUCCGCUGCAUGCAGCAGGACCCUAUGCGCCGGGCGCUCAUGACUUUUCUCACUUCUACAUUUCCUCCUACACGCCAACUUUGGCCACACUCGUUCGCGCGCGAAAGCAGCUUUCCAAAGAUGCAUCCAACAAUCAUUUCGUUGCCAUUGGCCAAGCAAAUGCGGAAGGAGGGACUAUCCUACAGCGUGUUGCUGAUGAGCUAGUCGCUGUCGCUCAGCGCGUGGCGCCCUUCACGUCCUUUACAUCGAUCGAGGACAGCGAUGCAACUGUUCAAGGAGCCCUUGAUGUACUGCGCAAAAACCAAUGGGUUCACCUAGCCUGCCAUGGUUUUCUGAAUCGCGAUAAACCAUUCAAUGCUUCCUUUGCGAUGCGCGACAGUGGUUUGAUGAUAAGGGACAUCAUCCAAGCCCACUUGCAGAACCCGGAGUUUGCAUUUUUAUCGGCUUGCCAUACCACGGUGGGUGAUGAAUCGAGCCCUGAUGAGGCGAUUCAUCUCGCUGCCGCAAUGCAAUUUUCCGGAUUUCGCGGUGUAGUAGGUUCAAUGUGGUCUGUGAACGAUGGUGCUGCGUGCCAGAUUGUUUCUGCUUUUUACGACAACAUGUUUGAUAGCUCAGGGAGAUUGGACCCCACGCGUGCUGCUGUAGCAUUGCACAAGGCUGUGAAGAAAUUGCGCAAGACAAUUCCAUUAGAACAACAGAUUGUAUUUAUUCAUAUAGGCAUCUAGUAUGUGAUAUGUACUACAUGUAAAUUCAAUUAUCGAUUCGCUCGCCUUCAUCAAUGUCACUGACGUUGAAGAGAUGGACUAUCGGCCCUGAAUGGGAUAGCGCACGAACCACUACAUGGAGAUUCAGAGAACUAGCCCGUCUCCCGGGAACUGUCCAAGUUUCCACA